AUUGUUUACCAAGGCUAUAAUCUUUUGAUUAUAUUAUAAAAGAGGCUAUGGAAGCUCUGUGCACGUCAACGAUCAUCUUGUUUCCUGCGCGCAGUUCCACAGAACACUGUUUACCUGAAGGCAGCGCUUCCUUGGAAAUGUCGGAGUCCUCCUGUGUCAGGAUUGGUCACGUCUGCAGGGAGUUGUUUUUAAAAGAGCCCAACAUAAGAACAACAGCCACAGAAAACCUCAACCAGUUCAGCAGAAACUUUAGCUUAAGUUGUAACGCAGGGGACUCAAUCAAUCUUGAAAGUUGCCUCUGGUUAAGGGAAACACUCUGCUUCCAGUCUGUCCGACACCCUCUACAUCUACAUUGCUCAGUCACCAUGUUCAUAAAUGAUGAGCUCGAGUGUGUCGUGUGCUGCAACGAGUACUCACGCAGCGACCGGAUCCCCCGGGUCCUCCACUGCAACCACACCUUCUGCGCCCCCUGCUUGGAGAAAAUGGCCAAGCUGGACGGCGGCAUCCACACCGUCUCCUGCCCUCUGUGCCGUUGGAUUACCUGCACACGAUCCAGCCUGACCCUGCCCGGGUCCCUAUGGGUCAACACGGAUAUCUGGGACCAGAUUACAGAAGAGCCGAGGAGGAGGAACGACUCGGUGAGGAGUUGGAAUUACGCAAAGACCCAACUCAUCAAUUCACAACUCCCUGAUUCAAGACAUGGUUUCAUGUCUACAUUUCAAAAAAUGUUCAGCUGCGUGCUGCUGCAAGGACACGAGAUGGAACGCUGCUGACAGUUUAACAGCCAAAGAAGUGACAGCGGCUGCUCCUCUUUCUCGUCUCGUUUUCGAGCUCGACAGACCUGAUGAAUGCGGCAGUGCAAGACUCCAUGCGCUGUGCAUGAUCACAUAGUUGCAUGUAAUGGAUGGACAUGUCUUGGGCCCCAGCUUUGUGUGUCGUUGAGAAGUGAAGGCCCGAACAGCUUUGUGCGUGUGAAGUUUAGUGAGUGUUGAAAGUUAGUGUUUAUGUUUAACUUGAAAGCGGUUUUAAAGGGCAGCAGUGAAUGAAAGUCAGCAAGCCUUGAUCUGUGAAUAUUUUUUAAAAUUGUUGUUUUUACCAUAAUAUGAGUAGCCUAACUGCAAAAUAUCAACUAGAGAAUGCAAAAGCUGAAGUGAAUACCCCGCAAGUAUGAAGAGAUAAUGGAAAGCAUUUACAGCACAUAUUUAAGUGGUAUAAUGUUGUGAUUAAUUGUAAAUUGUAGCUUGUUCUGAAAAUAUGUAUACAUGUGUGUGUAUAUAGUCUCACUCUUUUUGUCACUUUGCCCAGCUGCAUUUUGAUACCAUCCAACAAAAUCAGCUCUGAUGUGGAUCUGAGGAUCUGUAUUUCCUUCGCUGUACUGAACUGAACUUGAAGGAUCCUUAUCCUCAACAUUCUCUGAACUCUUGAGCACAGUCUAUUCAAAUGUAUUUAUUUAACAUAAACAAAAAUGACUUUUGAUUGUUAACUGAGACAUUUGUGCACAUUCCCAUGUUAAGUCUGUUAAAUGAACCUUAUCUGUGAAGUGAAGCAUUACUGUGUGGAACAUGAAGAACAAUGUGCAAGCAGCAAAGAUGGGCAGCAUUUUAAUAAAAGUUGAUCAAAAGUA